AAUAAACUCGUGAUGUCAGGAGGUAGCUAAGCAUCCAGAUGACUAGCUUGUUAGCUAGCUAACUAGUUUUAAGCAUACGAUUUAAACUGUUUUGAAAUGUCGACAGCUAGCUACAUAGAUAGAGAGGUUUUCAUCGACGGAAGUGGGAUUACUAAAGCAGACGACAAUCGGUUGAUUUAACCGCUAACACUAACGGGUUAUAUCUAGCAACAUCGGGAGUCUGAGUUGAGAUUUGUGCUCCGCAUCGAAUACCUUCUCUGCUCUGUAGACAUGAUGCAACCAAUGUUGGAACAAGUGACAGAUUUCGGGGACUUUACUAGAGGUACAGAUUUAAACGAAUAUCUAAAACAGACGUAUUCAAAUAACAGAAGUUGCAAAAACAAUCUAUCAGAUGUGCGCGUGAGCCCAGAUGGAUGCCACAUUCAUGUCAUUCUCCGCAAACCCAAGGUUGGUCUCAUGACUUUUGACAAAUAUCAGAGACCAGAGCUGAUCCAGAGCCAAAAGCACCUAGAUUUGGUGCUGACUCGGGCUGUGCCCAUUGUGGAUAUUGUAUAUUUUGACGGCAACAACAACAACAGAGACGGCGGUGUUCCUUUGUUAGCUGUCAUAUUCGAGAAUGGAAAAGCAGAGUUUUGGAAAUUUCUGGAACUCAAAGGGGGAUGGCAUCACCUGCACACCGCGGUACUCUGCAACAGCCCCCGGGCUAAAGUCAUUUCUGUCUCGGCCAGUCCGAACUACAUCUUCUGGUGUGAGGAGAGGCCACCGUCGGAGAGCUCAUCACCUGUCAACGAGACCCACAACUUCAGGUACUGCAUCUGCAAACGAACCUAUGAGGUGGAGGAAAUGGCUCUCAGUUUAGGGGGCGUGAAAAUUGCUCUGCACAACAACCCCCGCUACAAUGUCAUCAGCUCAGGUGAGAAUGUUUACCUACUACCUGAUUUGAAAGACAAAUCCACCAUGGCUCUCUCCAAAUUCUUUCUCACGUGGUCCCCCCAGCAUGACACAUUCAGAGUGAGUAGCACUUGUAAAGGUAAUCUCCUCCGAAAAGACUCUCCUUCUACUAAAGAAUCAGACUUUAAGAGGUUGGUAACAGACUGCACAGGGUACCUAUCAGCCCUUAGCCCCCCUGAUAUCUAUGGCUACUCCCCUACUGGCAGUGGAGGCCUGUUACUACUGCUCAGCACAGGCUGGGUCAGUCUACUACAGAAGGAUGGAGUGUUACGACAGAUCUACAAACUAGCUGACAACUGCCUGGCCAGCAGCGGUGCCCAUAACAGCCUGAACGUGUACCAGAACACCCUGGCUCUGACCAUCGGAUGGACCCUCUACCUGAUUGACACUACGUGUGGCGUGGAGCUGGAGAAGAUAGCCCUGAAGAGAGAGGGGCUACUCUACGGGACCGAGAAGCAGGCACCACACCUGCUGUUAGAGACUGGCCUGUUUGUGGUGAUGCUCCGGGAGAGGGACCCCCGGGGCCGCGACUCCGACCCAAAGCAGAAGUUCCCGUCCCUGGGUACAGGGGAGAGCAUCAGCCCCGCGGCUCUACUGGUAGAGGCCGUGUUCGAGGAGGCCUGUAAGUAUUACCAACAGAGAAGUCUCAGCAGUGCUCGGCUCACUGUGGAGAAGUUAAAGAGAGGAGGGAUGUUCCAGGCUCCUAUCUCUCUGGCCAACAUCAUCAGAGACUACCUCCAGAGCGGGGGGGAGAGGGGAAUGGAGUUACCCCAGGGAGGAGGCAGGGAAGGACAGGAGAAGCUGCUCGGGUCCCUGGAGGCUGAACUGAAGGGGCUGGCCUCCCUAGAGGAGGUGAAGGGGGGAUUGGUGAAGGAGAGGGAUGUGGAGGAUGUGUGUGAGAGUCUAGUGCAGCAGGAGGUGGGGAGACUCCUCUUGUCGUCAGAGCUCGACCGAGACUCUCUACUCUACCUCAACUCCAUCUUCAGCCAGUUCCCCGGUCAGGCCUGGAGGGCCACGCAGAGCGCUCUGCAGCUACGCUGCAAUGGAGAGGGCUCUCUCUCCUCUAAAGCGCCCCCGGAGGUCUGGAAGACUGUCCUCAGCCCCGUACAGGCCCCCACUGUCACCGCAAACCUGCCCUAUACCAAUGGCAGCAGCCAGUCUAAACAUAAGUCACCCAAACCUUGCCCCAGCACUGGCUCUAGUUUUAAACUUAGCCCCAGCCUUAGCUCCAACCCUAGACCCCCUGCCACUAACUCGACCCUGCCUGUCUUCGAGCUCCUGUGCCACUCCGUCUUCUGCUUCCAGCCCAGCUGGCUGCCCAGGUUCCUGGAGCUAGCCCAGCAGCAGCAGACCUCUGCGGGCUUGGGGAUGGGUCUAGGCCUGGGUGGCUCCACCUGGAGCUACUCUGGAGGUAGGGGAUCAGCGGAGAACGGAGAGAGCCUACCCCUGUAUAAACGCGCACUUUCGGCUCUGCCUCUACCUGGCACCGGAUCAGACCUGAAACAAGACCCAGAUUAUGAACAAAACCAGGACUUGGAGGUGGAUCUUCUCCUGGUGAGUGGUAGACCCAACGCGGUCCUCCAGGCUCUGAGGAUCUUGAUGGGGAGACAGCAGUGGGAGAGGGUCACCCAAGUGGCCCAGAGGUUCUGCAGGCAGAGUCCCUUACUGAACAAGGAGAUCUUUACUACCUUACUGUGUGAGAUGGCCCAGCAUCGAGACCUGGAUCCAUACCUAGACCUCCUCUGGGCUCUGUGUCCUGAAGAUCUCACGGUCACGGCCAUACUCAACAUUUUGCUGAAAAAUAUACCAUCAUCCUCAUCUUCAUCCUUAUCCCCCUCCUCAAAUAUCCCUCCCUCCUCUCCCUUUGCUGACCCCCAGUCCAGGCAGUUGACCUUUGGGUUGUUGAAGCCGUUGCUCAGUAAAGUUCUACAGAGAGAGACCAGGCCCAACCAGCGGUAUGCUGACAUCCUCCAGUCGCCCUCGUUCCCCCCUCCCACGCCCCCUCGCUGGGCUAAAGGACUGCCCAGAUCCACCACCGAUCCUAGCAUAGGCUUAGAUCACAAUGAUAUCAUCGGCAACACGGCGGCCAUCUUGGAUCAACACGACCCAUCUAAACACAGGACUGUCCCCGGGGGCAGGGUGACCUCACCUCCGAACCCCGACUGAGACGCGCACACACACACACACACACACACACACACACACACUGGACUCUGCGAUAUCUUCAUGUUACUCUAGUUGAUGUGCAGUGUUGGCUACUACAUUUUUUUUUAACAGAGUAAAAAGAACAAAAAAAUCUAUUGAUAACAUUAUUGAGAUUUCAGUUGAUUGGUAUAGGUAGUAGUGGGUUGUUAGAUUGAGAUUUGUCUAAUCUGCUAUUGAACAGCAUUAAACUAGCAUCUCUUUAGUGCUUCCUCUACACUGGAGCAGGACUGUGCCUGAACAACGAAGUCAACUAAAAUAAAUGUCCUCCUUUAGGCAGGCUUCAUAUGAGGCUGUGUUCUGUUGUCAAUCAUAGGCAGAUAAAUGGCCAUAGCUGACAGCUUACCUUCCGAACAAAAUAUUGUCUUAAAGUUAUUCCAGGUUAUUAAAUUACUACUAAAUCUUACCAUUGUACAUACCUCUCUUAUUUUAAAAUGUGUAUAUAUGUGGUGUUAAGUGUUAUUGUGUGAGCAUGAAUGCAGACAGAGUAGAAUGCUAGCUCAGAGUUGCCUUUCAUUCAAUAAACUCAGCCUUAAUGGAAUGAACAUUAAGCCUAAUAUACAGUAUGUAUUGAUAUUAUUAAAUGUGCAUGUCGCAGAGCUACCAUUCUUGUCUGUAAAAUGGUAGAAAUCCAUUAACUGUCCUCUUUUUAUUUUAUAAUCAACUUGCUUAAUAUUCAUUCAUUGUUGUGGGUCGUGUUCAGCAGGCACAAAACAGAACAUGUUUUCAAACAGAAAAUGUUUAAAAAGCUACAAUGAACAUUCUCAUUGGUCAUGUUCAGGUAGUGCCUCUUGUGCUUCAACAUUUUAUUUUCUAAUUCGUGCCUACUGUACACCACCUGGAUAUUUUUUGCGUUCGCCAACUCGGUGUGUCAUAUCGUUCCAGGUGGUUUACUGUACUUUAAACCUACUAAGAAUCGAAAGCCCUUUGUCAGCUCAUAGUGAUACAGUUAUCGGACCCUGACCCACAAACCUCUGUGUUGAAUGUUUAUUUGUUUAGAAUAUUUUGAACCCUUGGCUCUAGGAGGUAAAGGUUUCGUCUCUGGGAUGUGACUUCUGGGUUUAGGGUAUGUUCCUCAUAAAUUCAGUCAACCGUCACGCUCAAACAUUAACUAUGUUUUACUGAACCGUGUCUGUUUGAAAAUAACAUUGACGUAAUGACACCUUUUCCAGCAGCAGUGGAAAAGUUCUAUAGUGAAACACAUUAUUUAAGAGAUAUACAGCUGCUUUUGGAGGAAAAUGUUCAGUAAAAAAGUAUACAUUUUCUUUCAGGGGUAGAUGAAUAUCUAUGAAUAUAUCUUUCUACACCUUUAAACCCUUGUCGCAUUCUCUCUCUUUCUCUUUUCAUUCUCUUCUCAGCCCUCUCUUCAGUCUCUCCCCUGGCCACUCCAGUCUCUCUUUCUCCAGUUCCACCCAGUACAUUCCUACCAAACUGCCCUAUAGAGGAGAGGUGACUCACCAUCUUCGAGCUCCUGUAAUUUAAUUUGGGAUAACUCUGUUAUGUCCUUAGUGGGGGUGGGGUGGGGUAGGCCCAAACCAAAGCACAUCGCACACACACACUAAGCACCAGGUCACGUCUCGCUGCAUGGGCCAAGUGACUGUAAUGUCGUUAUGGAUGUUAGACCCUCUGUCUGUUUUUCCUAACAUUUUCUCUCUGUCUAUCCACUGUUGGCAUUCUCUCAUUCUCCUCUUAACAUUCCCCGUCUCCAUUUCACCUCUGCUCUCUGUUUCUCCUUCUCUUCCUCUCUCUCUCCUCUGAUAGCAUUCUCUACAUACUUUAUGUGUAGCUUCACCAUUGUCAGUAUUACAGAACAUCCUACUAUUGUUUACUUGUCAUGUCUGAGUUAAAGUCUGGAGAUCAAACCUCGUACAUGAAGCACUAUGGAUAAAGACGAUUGUUUUAAAGUGCCUAAAUUCUUAUUUUAUAGAAAGUCUUCUUUUGCGUUUAGAAUUAGACUCAAACUGAUUCUUUAAAUGUGUUUGUGCUGUCUUGCCAAUGACAUAUGAGUUGGAAAGACAGUACAGACAGAUCAGGGACUCAGGCUAACAGAGCUGUGGAACCACCUCUAAAGAAUAUAAUAGAUUGUUAUGAGAUUAUUCACUUCUGUAGUCCUAUUCAGAUAUAUUCUGUGAAGUUGGUGCAGCCUAACCUGGUUAAAACAGACUGAACGCUGCGCUCACAAAAUACGGCCUGCUAAGGCACACAGUCACAGUGACACUCCAGAAUUCUACUGGACCGACUGAGUUCCUUCAGGGUGCUAAUGCUCUUCAUUCACAACCUAGUGUCACAUAUCUGCUCUAAUGCAGUCACCACCACCGCUAUAGAUACAGCCGUCAGAAGCAUGGGAUGGGAUGGUGACCGUGGGAUUGUGUGAGUGACAUGGGGUUAUUAGUUUUUCUUGAUCAUGUGACUCGGCCAGGAAAAACUGGUUGCCUGCUCUCAGAGAGCCAAAGAUGACUUACUCUGUGCCGGAAUUCUCCACCCAGUGAUUCAAGGAAAUCCCCCACUUAGAUUAAACAGCAUAGGGCUGGUGUAAGCAUGGGUUAUUACACCAAUCCCAUUCUUUUAAAUCUGCGGGGGAGUACACUCCAGUGAAAAGGGUUGAUAAUUGGGACGCAGGGUUUGGCUCAUGAGAUGCUGUGACUUGUGAUGACAUUCUGUUCUGUUUGGUGUUUCACUGUGCAUAUGAUAACUGAUGAGACUAUCCUAGUAUGUCAGGGGUGCACAGCUACAGUCCUGGAGGGCCACAAUGGCCGUUUUUUUAAAAUUACUUUUAAUCACAGACUGUAUACUCUCUUUGGCCAAUCAGUGACAUUGAUUGAUCAAUAAGUGAAACUAAAACCAGUAGGAUUGCAGCCAACGACUUGAGUUUGAUACCCCUGUAGUAUGUGGGAAUGGAUGGAUGUAUAAAGCCUUAACAUAAAAAGAAAAUCACAUAAAACACCAUUGCCUAGCAUCCUACUAUUCAGUCCAGACACGUGAAUGUGCUCAGAAAAGGAAGGCUUUGUUUAUUUGCUUUUGCUCCACUUUGACAGGUGGAGUUCCCCUUUUUUAUUGCCUGUUAUCAAAUUGUGUCUUUUCCGAUCAGCUGAGAUGACUGUUCUAUGUACAGUACUUUAGACUUCUGCAGUGUUUCACUUUCAGCCACACAGAUAUCAAAUGUUUGGAUAUAUGAUUGAAUGCAAAAUGCGUGUGUUAUUAAACCCGAAGUUAAAACUUCUA